UUCGGGAUGAGUCUGCAUCUGCUGUAUCCCCUGGGGAAGAAGCUAUUGAAUCCGAGGACGUUUUUCGCGUCAAGGAGACGGCUGAGGCAUUGCUGCGUGAGGGCCGUGAGUUACAGAUGGCGUUGCGUCUGUACGAACGCGUGCUAUAUCUCACAUCAGAUGAGUACCGACACCAGGCUGCGAUUGGCAGUGAUCUGGACAGCGCCCUGCAAGCGGCGGAUUUUGAUAUAGUUAUGGCUAGCACUUCGCGGUAUUAGUUGUGAGCGUUCCGUCGCACUGUCGAGAUGAUCUACCUUUUGCACAGAAUGCCACACACAGAUUAGCAGGAUUGAAAAUUACAGCGUCGUCUAAUCUAGAGAGAAACGGGGAAGGGGU